AAUGAAUGUUUUGAUAAAACCGAAAGUUUCGGAUGUUGUCUCCGUUUUUUACUUUUGUGAACAGGAAAAUUCGUUUGUGAUACGCAGUACCAAAGUGAGGAACUAUCGGAAGGAUCUCUUUAUUCAAUCAGUUGUAACCGCUCUUGUUUUAUUUCAAUCUUUUCCAUGGGAGUAUUGAUUAACAGUUCGCAGCAUCUGUGAUAACACUCUAGUGAUAACAACAGUAACUGAACAUAUCACUCUUGACAUUAUUUCUUUUUAUCUAAGUGUCUCUUCGCGUCUGUAAUGGCCGCACGGACAAGUAAAGUCUUAUUAGAUCUCCCCAAAGUGUACAACAGUGUCCUUGCCAAGUUCGACAAGAAUCUAAUCAAGUAUGGUUUUGCGUAUGGCUCUGCUGUUUUCAAACAAGAUGGAACAAAGAUUGCUCGUAAACCCAUGGUAGAUAUAAUUUUCGUGGUUAAUGAUAGCCUCAAAUUCCAUGAAACCAACUUACGCUUGAAUUCAAGUCACUACUCAUUCCUCAAAUCUUUCGGCCCCGGCGUUAUCUCCAAGGUGCAAGAUAACUGGAGUGCAAAAGUCUAUUUCAAUACUCUGAUACCGUUACAGGAAUAUAAUGCUUUCUUCAAAUAUGGUAUCAUUUCACAGAAUAACCUUAUUGACGAUCUUGCGAACUGGAAUGAAUUGUAUUUAGCUGGUCGACUCCACAAGCCAGUCCAGGAAUUAUAUGUUAGCAAUGACAAAUCUCUUUCUAAAGCAUUAGCACAAAAUUUAGAAUUCGCUGUCCAUGCAGCCCUACUGUUACUUCCUGAUUCAUUCACAGAUAUUGAUCUUUACUCUACUAUCAGCAAUAUAUCCUACAAUGGAGACUUCCGGAUGCUGAUUGGUGAAGACAAGCGAAAAGUACAAAAUAUCGUCAUUCCGCAGAUUGAAAAAUUUCACGAUCUGUAUUUUCCUACUCUAGUCAAAUUAAAAGACUUUAUCUACAUGCCUGAAACCAACCACCCAAGGAGGUGCUCGCAAGAUACCUCUGCACUUGCUUCCUUGCACCAUCUGCUCAACCUGCCAAUACCAAUCCAGCGUGAAAUCGCGUAUCAGUGGAAUUUGAUACUGGUGUCAACUCAAGAUACUGAAGAAGCCCUAUGUUCUUUAGCCAGUGAUCCUCGAAGAGAAAAAAUUGUGCAAUCAGUGUUUAAAAGGAUAGUGAUCAAUUCCAGCAUCAAGCAGAGUCUCAAGGGCAUCCUGACAGCAGGACUCCUGAAGUCUGUCCAUUAUAGUGGUCUGAAAUUGAUGAAAAUGUUUAAAUCACUUAAAAAGCCGACCAAUACCUCAUCAUGAUUUUUUGCAACAACAUCCUUAUUAUUCUAGUCUCGUUACUCUUUUUAAAGUUUUUUAAAGAUCAUUUAAAUUUUCUAUUUUUUAAAUCUUAAUGCUGCAUCGGACACAAUUAAUAUUAAGUCUUUUCCCUUCGUUUCCAUCUUUUACAUCAAAUUUUCAAAACUUUUAAACUGUAGUGAUUUCUAUUCUUUAAAUAAGGAAAUUCAUAAUUAUUUAGUUUUGGAUCCUUUCUACUCGAGUAUAUUUUUUUCCUUUAACUCGUCAAACUCUAUCACCAUUAAGUAUCAAAAA